AUGGGGCCAUCUGGAGGCUGCGAGGCCUCACUGUCGCUCCCAGCCAGGGCCCGGGGAAUCGGUCGUCUCUUUGAUGGCACAGAGCCUAUAGUCCUGGACAGCCUGAAGCAGCACUACUUCAUUGGGGAUGGACACAUGUUCCGCUACAUCCUCAACUUCCUCAGGACGUCCAAGCUCCUCAUCCCAGAAGACUUCAAAGACUUCACUCUGCUGUAUGAGGAGGCCCGGUACUUCCAGCUGCAGCCCAUGCUUGCUGAGUUGGACAACUGGCGCCAUGAUCAGGAUCUGAGCCGGGUGUCGCGCCCCUGCGAGUGUUUGGUGGUGCGAGUUGCACCUGACCUGGGCGAGAGGAUCACGCUCAGCGGUGACAAAGCCCUGAUUGAAGACGUGUUUCCAGAAAUUGGUGACGUCAUGUGCAACUCCGUGAAUGCUGGCUGGAACCAUGACUCCACGCACGUCAUCCGAUUCCCACUUAAUGGAUACUGCCACAUCAACUCUGUGCAGGUUCUAGAGCGCCUCCAACAACGUGGUUUCGAUAUCGCCGGCUCCUGUGGCGGCGGCGUUGAUUCAUCCCAAUUCAGUGAGUACGUCCUGAGGAGGGAACUGAGGAGGACGAGUCAGCGAGGAUCCAAUUCAAACAGGAUAAAGCAGGAGCAGCUGGACUAGAAACUUCCCGAGCAGCAGGAGGUGCUAGACUUUUCUGUGGCAGCCAAACGCUUGAAGCUGCAGAGCUCUGAGGACUCACUUUUUUCUUCGUUUCCUUGUUGAUGUUUUUGUUUUCUUAAACUUGAGAACCAUCUAAAAUAAAAAUGAAAUGCAACAGGAGAUUUUUUGCCAUAAGAAGAGACAAGACAUUUGAUAAGUUUGAGAUUGCAAGGACAUUUUUGAAUGUCUAGCCCCCCAUAAACCAAUUUAAAAAAGGGAUUUAUUUACAGUAGAUCCCAAAACAAAGUUUGUUUUAAAACUUGGAGCCUACAUUAGGUUGAAUAUGAUUUCUAUUAUACCCAUAUAAAUUUAAAAAAAGGCUUUUAUUUCUUAUGUAGUAUGUGACAUUACGUGUCACCAGUGACUUGGUUUUGAUGUCUCACUGGCAAAUUGGCUAAGUCUGUUUUUAUCCCUUGCUGUAAGAAGGUCACUAAUAUGUGACAAUACAGAAUGUCUCAGUUGUCAUAAACAGUUAGUUUCAACAAAGCAUCAUUUUUCACAAAUCACAUGAUGUUGAAUAUUGUGAUACCAAUGAAGUGUUUUGUUUUUUUUACUUGAAAGUUAUUUUUUUGAUUAUGCCAUGACAUAUAGUUGACAUUAGUGCCAUCAAAGUUAAACCUCUAAGAUACGUUUCUAUAUGCAGAAAAUAAAAUAAUUUAGUAAAUUAUAAUAUCACAGCAUUGGCCUCAUUGGGGAGUAUGAAUACUAGCCCCCAUGUGCUACUUUGGGGAUCAUUUAAUUGGAUCAUAAUAUUCCUCUGAGUCAUGACCUGUAAACUCUUCAUUGUAUAUGUGUUAGUGUUUUUUACAUUUAAUCUUUUUAAAACAAAUGUGUUGCCUGGACAAGACUGAACAGAUUAAAGCUUAUCGUACUACCCACUCCAAGGUCACUUUUACUCGUAGCACAUAUUGAUAUGAAGUUGGAUAUAAAGUAUUUCUAAGAUGACUGACCCACCUACGCUCCCUAGAUUUGAGUAAAGAGGAAUGUAGCACAAAAUGUGAAAUAAAUCUCAACUACAGUUGU